CGCUCAUAGGAUCUGAAAAUUUAGAAGGUGUUGAAUUAAUAGAUGUUUCUGCAUCAAUUCCCGAGGAUGAGGAUUCUUGGCUAUACACAUCACCUCGACCUCCAACACCUCAACAACACAGAGUUAGUCCUUAUAAAUACAUGAGACAAGAUUUAGACAACCCAAGUCCAGAUGUUCAGUCUGCCAAACGAUCCUUAAAAUAUAGAUUGGAUGAAGCUGCUAGAAUAAGUCGAAGCAGUAGUACCCCUGCUUUUCAGAAUUACAGUACACCUCAACGUAACAAUGGUACAACUAUGAGCUUGUCUGCAGAUAGCACACCAUCUCCUAGAAUCAUGAAACCAGCUGCUAUUGCUAAACCAUCUCCUAUAGCUCAUACUGGUAUACAAGGAAGUAGAUUAAAUACUGGCACAUUUACACGGCCGAAGAAAACCAAACCUUCCACGAUGGAGAACUCCAUGUCGGACGAUGUGAAAGAAAACUCGGAAGCUGUCCAUCAUCAGAAUGUGGCCGAUAUUGAAAAUCUUGCUAAAAUGCAGGAAGAGAGUUUAAGACAGAGUAUUGCCCAGACUUCACCAAGACGAGGAUUUAGAUCACGUCCUUUGCCUAAUGUAGCUGCCUCCAACAAUACUGAUAGUAAUAGCGGGUCACCGGGUGACUCGAAUAGAUCUAGUCCGGCCCAUUUUGACGAGGGAUCAUACAGAAGAAAUAGUCAGAAUUCAGUAGAGUCUGACCACAGCAGUCCCCCAGACAGUCCCUAUGGUAGUAACCAACAUCUACAUGUACAAAACUCCGGUGUGUCAAGUUUACGUGGCAGUAUGCCUAAUAUGUCCCGUUUAAUACCCAGAGGUCAACAUUAUAAUAGUGAUUCAAGUUUAGCUGAUUACCAAACACAGACGGAAGAACAAGCUAUAAAUAAUGCUGAGCCUCCAAGAUAUACCAGUAGGAUACAAAAUUCAAUGGGACGACCAUCAUCUCCAAGUGUGAGUGGUUUAAAAACUCCCCAGAGGAAUAUACGAGGAGGAUCCCCACAGAGAAACAGUGGAUUACCAACCCCUAGACGUUCUAUACCCAGGCCAGGUAGUGCAGGACUCCCGCGACCAUCUGGCGUCCCUUCACCUAAAAGGUAAAUUUGAAAAAUAUGA